GUUUUGCGUCAAGUCUAGUCCGUUGCUUUUUCAAGAUGGCGUCGCUGGGAAGGAGGCGCGGUGUCCCAGUCAACAGGGAGAGGGGAGUGAUGGCGGCGACGGAGUGUUACAUCGUCCACGAGAUCUACAACGGCGAGAAUGCACAGGAGCAGUUCGAAUAUGAGCUGGAACAGGCUCUUGAGGCACAGUACCGCUACAUCGUGAUCGAACCCACGCGCAUCGGGGACGAGACAGCCCGCUGGGUGGCCGUGGGAAACUGCCUCCACAAAUCCGCCGUUCUGGCCGGGGCCGCGUGCCUCCUGACGCCGCUCGCCCUUCCCGCCGACUACUCCCGUUACGUGGCGCUGCCGGCUGGCGCUCUGAGCCUGGCCUGCGCCGCACUCUACGGCAUCUCUUGGCAGUUCGACCCCUGCUGCAAGUACCAGGUAGAGUACGACAGUCAGAAGCUCUCGCGGCUGCCCCUGCACACGCUCACCUCCUCUACACCGGUGGUUCUGGUUCGACGGGACGACGUGCACAGAAAGAGACUGCACAACACGAUAGCGUUGGCGGCCCUGGCGUACUGUGCCAAGAGGAUCUAUGAAUUGUACGCUGUAUGAGCGCUAUGCCACAUCACACGCACGCAUACAGACACUGACCUACACACACAAAACACGCGGCAAGGAGGUGAGAAGCACUACUAAACAUCCGACACUGGCAGAUACACACACGUACACACCAAACAAUAACAUACGGACGGACCGACAGUGAGAGUGAUCGAAAAAAGGAUACGCGACGCUUUAUCUGUCACAAUUUUUCAUUUCAACUGGUCAAGGAUUGGACAGAUUGAUGGAUGGAUGGAUGUAUGAGAGGAGCGGUUGGGGGGGAGCUUAUAGUUCUGAAUGAAUCUUCCUCUUUUCUCUGUACUUUAAAAGUGAUAUCACCAGUGCACUUGAGCCCCCUUUCCCAAUUCUUCCCUGCACCUGUCCAGCCCCAUCCUCGUCCCGCGACCCUCCCCCAACGGUCACCUGCCACCCACAUGGAGCUUCCGCACCCGGGUAGCGACCUGUCGGACCGAACGUGUGGUGGACAGACAGACGUGUUUUAAGAAUGACCUUUGAAUCCUCUCUUUUCUCCCUCUGUGUAGUUUUACUGUACCCUGCCUUUGGUGCGUCACCUUUUCAUUAAACAGUAGGAGAUUUAACCUCACAGGUAUCUCUGAUGACCUUUAUUUUGACCCUCAAGGGCUUGGAUUCUUUCUUAUUGCACAUCUAAGUUGUAGCCUUCAUGCAGAUCUCGCAGUCAGAUUUAUUUUUCAGGUCACGGUUUGUAAUGGAUCAGUAUGAAUCCGGAUCUUCUGAUGAAGUUAAGAAAAAUAAAUCUAAAAAGUAAAUGUUAACUCCUCUGAAAGAGAUAGUUCACCCCGAAAUUGAAGUUUUGUCAUUUACUCAUGUUGUUUUAGAUCUAUAUGCUGUUACUUAAUUUUUCAUUUUUGGUUAUAACUAUUCUCUGAAUUUGCAGGCAAACCAGUGCAAUUGAAUGGAAUUUACUUACUUAUUUACAAUAUAACAAGCAGUUAUUCACAGCCUAUUUGCAGAGAAAUUGUGAGAAAUAUAGUUUUCAAAUGAUAUUUUGUAUUAAUGGCACCAUGUUAAAUGAUGUUUAUGCUGUUCUUACAAAUGCAUCUGGCCUGUGGAGCUUAAUCGAGUCAUCUGUUUUAUUUUGAUAUUGUAGUGUAUAAUAUCUAAAAUGGGAAAUUCAAAGAGAAAAUGGUAA